AUGGCAGACGAGGUCGUCCCUGUCCCUCUCCGCCGGCUGGUUGCUUGGCACGCCAAGAACCUCGCCAGUGCAGCUUUAGUUUCGGUUUUCACCGGCUUCUAUCUCGUGCCGAUAUUUCUCUUCUAUUCGGGCGAGAUACUUCAUGCAGUCUUCGUAGAGAAGAACAUCGGCGUUAUCCUCUAUCUUCUCUGCCUAGGCGCAGCGGGAUGGUUCAUCUUUCCGUCCGAGGACAGUCUCGAGAGUCUAGAGAGAGAGCGAGCCGAGCUUCAGCGUUUUGGACACGUGGCUCCCAUGACUCCAGCUGAUUUCGAUCAGCACUUGCACUUUUCUUCCGUGCUGCCGCCAUGGUCUUCUGCGCCGCCGCCAUGGUCUUUCGCGCCGCCGCACUUUUCUUCCGUGCCGCCGCCAUGGACUUCCGCGCCAUUGUGUCCGCCAUGGUCUCCAGCUUCUUCUGUUCCGCCAUCAUGGACUGGAAGCAGUCCGCCAUGGUCUUUCGCGGAUUCUCCUGCUUCCAGUCGGUCAUCGUCUUUCCCCAAUUUUCCAUCAUCUCCGGUGGAUACAGCUUAUCCACCAUCGACGGAUACGUCAUCACGGAUGGCGGCGACGGACAUUAGUUUCAGCAAUGAUGAUAGCAACAUAGACACAAAGGCGACGAGGUUCAUCGAGAACUUCAAGAGCCAACUCAACCGGGAGUUGUGA